AUGGCGACCUACAAGAGCAUGGAAGACUUCCAGAAGAAGUUUUGCUUGACCCGCAUCCAGUCGAGAACAGCAUUUCUACAUCAUGUCAAGUGGGCUUCUUUGGAAAGAACUGAUCCCUACCCCAACCACACAUCCUUGAAGGGGAUUCUGUUCGCCAUGCAUGCAGAUCUCUUGCCUCAAGAUUACACGUGUGAAGUGUGUGCUGGCUCUUUUCGUCUUAGACUUCGACUUGGGCAAGAUCGACAUUCGGAAGCUUCCACCGAAGAAGGUCUUGAGCAAGAAGCCAGCAAGACAAGUUUGGAAGACUCCGAUGAAGAAGCAGCAUGCCAUCAAAAAGCUUUCCUCCAAAGUCCACGCACCAUGCAAACGACCUGCUACAUGCAGCAAGUUCCAUCCUCAGUCACAAAAGUUCCUGAUGCUAUGUCCUUCUACAAGAAGUACAAGUAUGUUGUCGAAGUUGAUGAGUCUCACUUGAACAAGUUGCGGAGUGGUGCCCUUAGCAAAAGUUCCCGUGCAGGACCUGAUCAAGUCUGGGUCUGGGGCGCUACUGUACCCCGCAGGCCAGAUCGUUUCCUCUUUCGUGUUUUGGAGCACCCGCAGGAUGCAAUGGAUGGCAAACCUCGGGGCCAAGCUGAGAUUCUUGAUUGUCUUCGCCUUCUCAAUUUGCAACCCAAAACUAUCAUAGUCACUGAUGGCUGGACAGCGACCAUAGCGGCUGUGCAACAAUUGAAGCAAGAGAAAGGCUGGGACGACGCAGAUCUUUGGCAUGAGAUUGUCAACCAUAGCGCCGGUGAAAUUACCAACCUUGCCGUGGAAGCCUAUGUCAAUGAGCGGCAGCACAUCACGUUGGAACUUGUGGGCAACAUGCCUGGAAGCAAACCAGCAGAACCAGCAUCUUCUCAGCCUCCGAUGCUGCUGAAAUCCUUGAUAACAUUCGUCGUGGAGUUGUGGCUGUGCAUGCUGACAGGGCAGAGGUCACCAAGAAGUGUGGUUUCAAUGCUUGCCUUGCCUCCACCAGAGAUGCCCACGGUUCCAAUGCUUGCCCUGCCUCCACCAGAGAUGCCUAUUGAUGAUGAUCGCUCGGUGCCUCCACCAGAGAUGCGCAUUGAUGAUGAUCGCUCUGUGCCUCCAGAUGAAGGUUCCAAAGAUCAAGGCUGUGGUGAUGGCUCUAGCUCAAGUUCUUCAUCUUCAUCCUCAUCCAUGUCUGUGAGUACAUCCGGGGCCAGAGCACCACUGACAAAGGAUGAGCGAACCCUUCUUGAAGAACUGAUCGAAGCUGUGAAAGUCCAUCAAGAGAUUGAGGUAGAAAAUGAAAGACUUCACCAAGAAAUUCGUCAGUUGAAGGCUGCCUUGAUCAGUGCCUGUCACUGGCAGACUUCGCUCUUCCUUCUUCAAAGCUUGCCAAGUCCUUUGAUCAACGACAUCACCUUCACUGCUGCCAUCACUGCGUGUGAGAAAUCCCUCACUGGGCGACUGCGAUCGGCGUGGCAGUGA